UUAAUUAGAAAAAGUAUAAAGGGAGUAGGUUGAAUAAAUUAAGUCCACCACUAUCCUUUCGCACCUCCUUCUCAAGUCUCAACUCUAACUCUCAAGUCUAACCACAUCCACAUGUACAUGUACAUGUACUCUAUAAUCUCUAUUCAACUUUCAACCCUUUUCUUCCUCUCUCAUUUGCCUACCCUUUAAAACAUUUGUCCCCCUCAAAAAACCAAAACUCAAACUUUCAUAUAUAUGUCCACUAAAAGCUUAAAGCUUUCCUACCAUGGAAGCCCCCACCACAAUCUCCAACAAGAAAAAAGAACACAUAUUAAUGAGCAGCAGCAACAACAACAACAACAGCAACUAAUCCCAGGUCUCCCAGAUCACAUAGCACACUUAAUCCUCUCUAAAAUCCCACCUUCAAUCCUUUAUUCAGUUUCCCCUUCAUGGAGAAAAUUCAUCUAUUCUCCUCUUUUUCCUCCAUUUUAUUCUCUUUUCACACUUUUAAUUCCUAACAAUGUUAUCAUCAAUUCUUCCCCAUCAAACCCACAACAAUUCCUCACGCCAAUUUCAUUCUUUUCAUUUGAUCCCAUUUCAUCUCAAUGGCAUCCCCUCCCUCCCCCGCCUCCUCUCUCUCUCCUCCUUCGCCACCCACCUUUCAUUUCCCGCGACCUCCCCGUCCAGUCUGUCACAGUAGGUGACAGACUAGCCGUAGUCGCGGGAACUACUCAGGAUCUAGCUCCUGCCCUACCCCGCCCUCUCGUGUUCGAUCCCCGAACACGAGACUGGGGAUACGGCCCCGCUCUUCCAGUGCCCCGUCGAUGGUGCAUCGCUGGGGCACUAGACGGGUCAUUAUAUAUGGCAAGCGGGGUUGGACCCCACUUUUCCACGGAUCUUGCUAGAUCCGUGGAGAAAUGUGACAUGUCCCAAUCCCAACUGUGUUGGGAUUGGGACAAAGUUAGCUGUCUUCGAGACGGGCGAUUCUCCCGAGAAGCAGCUGAUGCUGUAGGCUGGCAAGGGUGCCUCUGCAUGGUUAACGUAAAGGGGGAUGCAGCCAAACAAGGCGCUGUAUACAGUGCAGAGAAUGAUGCGUGGAGUGACAUGAAAGAUGGAAUGGUAGGCGGGUGGCGUGGGCCAGCUGCUUCAAUGAAUGAACAAGUGAUAUAUGUGGUAGAUGAGUCUAAAGGAGUUGUUAGGAAAUAUAAUGAGGAGAGAGAUUGUUGGGUGGAUGUUUUGGAGAGUGACAAACUACGUGGGGCCCAACAGAUGGCGGCGCGUGGUGGAAGACUUUGUGUUGUUUGUAGAGGUGGGACUGAGAUUGUGGUGGUAGAUGUGGUGGUGUCGCCGCCUAAAAUAUGGGUGGUUGUGCCGCCGGAAGGAUAUAAUGUUGCCGCAGUUCAUAUUUUGCCUAGAAUCAGUGGGUCCUACUCAAAUUUCAACCUUCUUUAAUGCCCUUGUAGGCUUCUACUUCUGUACCAUACAAAACUUUUGGAAAGAUCUUCUGAUUUUUAUUUUUUUUGAUGUAUACUUUCGAUAUGUAUUGUUUUUUGGCGGUGGUGUUGAAAUUUCGUAGGGGUGGGUUUAUUAUGAAGAUUAUAGGAAAGAAAAGAUCUGGGAUUUUUUGUUGGAUGUAUGAGAAAAAAAUUGCAUGAAAAGGAAAUAUGGAGUUUGAUUAUCGAAGUCA